CAGAAUGUGCACAAUGGAGUAAUUAAAUUAAAUGAACCCUCAGAGAAAGACAAUCAUAUUGCUACCCUGAAAUGAUAUGAAAAUUUAGAAUAAUUCAAUCUGACCAACAGAUGGGAUUUACUCAUAAAAUUCAUGGGAAUAUAACUUUAAUUUCUCAUCCUGUGACUUAUUAGGGAAAUUGACAAUUGUGUUGUGGUUAAAGUACAUAAAAAACAUGGAGUAACUUAAGUUUUAAGUGUAUUUGUUCCGUUGAGUAACUUAAUCAAAGGAUGACAAAAGGAGUAUGAUGUUGUUGUGAUUUAAAAUCAUGAAGAAGCAGCGUUCAAGUGGUGGGAAUUUUUUAUCCAAUACUCUUCGAAGAAUUAGCGUCACAGGUACUAAGAUAACGAGGCUUCAGAAUGAGAAGCCAGUCAUAUCAUCCCCAUCUAACUUUGAACAUACCAUCCAUGUUGGAUUUGAUGCUCAUACUGGAGAGUUCACGGGCAUGCCAGAAUCAUGGGCUAAACUACUGUCUCAAUCAAACAUCUCUAAAUCUGAACAAAAGAAGAAUCCUCAGGCCGUUUUAGAUGUACUGAAGUAUUAUGACACAUCCACAAAAGAAAAAGAUAUACAAAAACCUAAAUAUAUGACCAACAUCAAACCCCCUAGUGCAGAAUCAAGAGGUCCAACACUAUCAGACAAAUUUAACACAAAUGUUAUUAUCUCACAGCAACCAGCACCAACAGCAAAGCCAGAAAAUUCAACAGGGGCCUCUACUCCAGAGGACGAGGAUGAUGAUGAGGCACCACCACCUAUAGCAACACGACCUGAUAAAACUAAAUCUAUUUAUACAAAACCUGUGGAGAUGGAAGAGAAAACAAAUGGAGCAAUCUCAAAAAAUGAUAAACCAAAGAAAAAGAAAAUGACAGAUGAAGAAAUAAUAGAAAAAUUACGAACCAUAGUGACAAUCGGAGACCCCAAUAGGAAAUAUACUAAAAUGGAAAAAAUUGGCCAAGGAGCUUCAGGAACUGUAUUUAUUGCUAUGGAGGUUGCCACAGGUCGUGAAGUUGCAAUAAAGACAAUGAACUUAUCUCAACAACCCAAAAAGGAACUUAUAAUUAAUGAAAUUCUAGUGAUGCGAGAAAAUCAAAAUCCUAAUAUUGUUAAUUACCUGGAUUCUUAUUUACUAAAUAAUGUUGGGGGAGAGGAAUUGUGGGUAGUUAUGGAAUAUUUAGCUGGUGGGUCUUUAACAGAUGUAGUUACAGAAACUUGUAUGGAUGAAGGUCAGAUAGCAGCUGUCAUAAGAGAGUGUUUACAUGCAUUAGAAUUUCUCCAUGAGAACCAGGUGAUCCACAGAGAUAUAAAAAGUGAUAAUAUACUUUUAGGAAUGGAUGGUAGUGUCAAAUUAACUGAUUUCGGUUUUUGUGCUCAAUUGUCUCCUGAACAAAACAAACGAUCAACUAUGGUAGGAACACCUUAUUGGAUGGCACCUGAAGUUGUCACAAGAAAACAGUAUGGUCCAAAAGUAGAUGUAUGGAGUUUAGGGAUCAUGGCCAUAGAAAUGAUUGAAGGGGAACCUCCCUAUUUAAAUGAGAAUCCUCUUAGAGCUUUAUAUUUAAUUGCCACUAAUGGUAAACCAGACAUAAAAGAAAAACAUAAACUAUCUCCUGUGUUCCAAGACUUCCUAGAUAAAUGUCUUGAGGUGGAUGUAGACAAACGUUGUUGUGCCUCUGAUCUCUUAAAGCAUCCCUUUUUACGACUAGCAAAACCAUUAGCCAAUUUACAACCGUUAAUUUUAGCUGCUAAAGAAGCUCAAAAGGGGCAUUAACACAUAUUUUACAUAUAAAGAUUGGUCAACCCAAUACAAAUUGCAAUCAGAACAAUCAGGAAAAUUUAAUCAGUAAUUUGGUAAUUAUACCAAAAGACUGUGAAUCGACAUCAGACAUGGAAAUGAGAAAACUGAUUUAGAUUUUGAGGACAGAAGACAAAGAAUUUUUAUGUAAUGUUGUAUGUUACAGAUCAAUUUGUAUGCAAGAAGUAAGAUGUUGAAGGUCAAAUGGUAAUGCUGGUCAUAGGUCUUAUUGUGAUACGUAGAAAUGUAUUACUGUUAUUUCUGUUUACUUGGUUUAUGGAUCAAGAGAAAGAUUACUUAUCUUUAUAUUUUGUAUGUCACAUUUUUAUUCACAAUAAACCAUCUGAGUGUCUAAAAUUUUUUUACCUUUACAGAAAAUGCAGUUUACUUGGGUAAAAUGAAUUCAUCUUUAAAAAACUUCUUUAAUCCAUUAUAUUUUAACCUUUAUUUUUGUUAGUUGUAAAAAAGGUUCAUUUGUAGACUUUUCUCAGAAAUAGGCUUCUCUCCACAAUUAAGUGAAAAUCCUUGCUAAUAAAAUUGUUUAUGUUUAUUAUUUAGUCAGUUAUUUUCUCUUUCUAUGAUAGAAUAUACAACAGUUUUGACAUAUUAUCAGUUUUCUCUUUCUAUGAUAGAAUAAACACUAAUACAGUUUUAAUUACAAUGUGAAUUUCAAUUUCAAAAUUUUAAUAUUAUCUUCAAAAUGAUCACUUGAAUUUCAAACUAGUGCUUAAAGUGUUGGUGCUAAUAUAAAAUGUCAAAAAGGAGUACAUGUGCCUAGAUAUAAAAAACUGAAGUGAAUACAUAACACCUUAUAUUUACAUGUGAUAUGAUGUCUCUAAAUAUUUCAAUCAAGUUUCCUUCUGGUUUUUAUCUUACGAUUGUAAAUGUAUUGUAUUUAAGACCAGUUUCUUUUGUCUGAAUGCAAGCAUAAUAAUAAAAUUCCUUAUUUGUUCAUUUUUGGUGAACUUGUCUUGUUUGAUUGCUGUCUCGUCAAUGUUUCCCCCCACAUCUUUUUUUCACACAUUUCAAUAAUGUUAUCUUUCUUAUAUCAUUUUGGUAAAUUCAUUUUUUGCCUCGCUGUCUCAGUGACUUCCAUGUAAUAAAACUUAAAUAAGUGAAAAGGAAAUUGUUCUCUGAAAUACAUGUUUACAGAAUGGAAUAGAUAUUUUAUCUGAACCUUUCUCAAAGUACUUCCAAGAAAUUUAUGUAUUAUCAAGUUUUUACUGAGAUGUGAUUUUAACAGACAAAGGGAGAUAAUCUAUUAUUUAAAUAAAAUUUAUAAGGAUAUGUUCUACCAAAAUUCAUAUUUUUUAAAUUAUGGAAAUUCUUAUCUGUAAUUUUAAUUUACACAGAGUUAAUUAACAUAAUAAUCUUGGAAAUGUAAUUAUAUCUUAUACAGUGUUUUUAUGUUGUAACACUUGCAUUCAUUUCCACUCUUUAAAUAACAUAAUGGUUUUCAAAAAUUAUAUCUUUUGUAAAGAAAUUAAAAAUCUGAAAUUUUUGUUCUGUAAUAAAGAUGAGCAUUCUUAUCAGAUAACAGUAUUUAAAUGCAUACCACUUCCUCUGUUCACACAUUUCAUCAAUCUCAUAUCAGUAAAAAUGUUGUUACUGACUGAGAAACUACAUUGUACAUUUAUAAGUGUAUGUUUGACAAGAUUCAGUAUUUUAUAAAUGUAUGGUUGACAAGGUUUACUAAUGUAUGGUUUAACAGAUCUUACAUGUUCAUAUUGAAUCAUGUAUUGUGCAGAUCUUCCAUUUAUCAAUUAUGCAAGUACAUCAGGCUUUAUAUAAUUUCAUUUUCAUCAGUAUCAUAUUUCAUGGUUUGUCUGUAGAACAACAUCAUUCAUUCUUGUGUGACAUUGUAAUUACAUUGAUCAUUCAUGUGUGACAAUGUAUUACAUUGAUCAUUCUUGUGUGACAUUGUAUUACAUUGAUCAUUCAUGUGUGACAUUGUAUUACAUUGAUCAUUCUUGUGUGACAUUGUAUUACAUUGAUCAUUCAUGUGUGACAUUGUAUUACAUUGAUCAUUCAUGUGUGACAUUGUAUUACAUUGAUCAUUCUUGUAUUACAUUUUAUUACUUUGUAUUACAUUGUAUUACAUUGAUCAUUCUUGUAUUACAUUUUAUUACAUUGUAUUACAUUGAUCAUUCUUGUAUUACAUUGCAUUACAUUUGUAUUACAUUGAUCAUUCUUGUAUUACAUUGAACAUUCACAAAAUAUUGCACAAUGUUUAAUGUGAAUUAGUGGCUUAAUGUGACAGUCUGAUAGGGUUUAAAUUUAGUGCUUUGGUGUAUUUGAGCCUUGCAGGAUAUUAAGAUGACAAAACUAGGGUUGUUUAAGAAAUUGAGAAAAAAUGACAGAAUAUUACCCUGUGUAAUCUUGGUUAUUUCCCAAAUUGGUGUAAUGUUGUCAUGAGAACAGUUAUUUUUUAGUGACAUAAGAAAAAUUAAGAAAAUUUUGUUCUUUCCUAUAAUAAAAUAUAAAUGGAAAGUUUGUGUAAAGCAGUAUGGUUCAUUAAUAAAAAAUCUAAUAUUUUGAACAGUGUGAUUAUUGAAGAUGGUGCUACAUAUUUGAAGUGUGUCAAUUAUAAAAGAAAGAAAAUAUAAUUUUCAUUUGUAUUCAUCAGUUAAAAAACUAGAUUUUAAUGUGAAGUUAUGUUUGAGCAAAUUUGAUGUAAGAAUACUUUGUUACUGAGUAGUAAGAACAUUGUUAUUCAUAGAACAUUCUAUGUAAUAUAUUAUUACAUACUGUACAUGUAUUUACAUGCUUUAUUUCCAAUUUAACCAUAUGUUUUGCUCAAUUGAUAUGAGAGUCUACCUUUCUAACACCAAAGGUAGUGUUUGGAAUAAAAAUGGCAUGAUUCAGUCAACCAACUGACAUGGCCACUAUCACAGAUGAUGCAGUUUUUAGGACCAGUUUUUCUACAGUUAAGGCUUAGUUGGACUAAACGUGAAAACCUUAAGGUCCAUAUUCCAAAUCAGAAAGAACAUUAGGUCUCGAGACCUCAAUGAACUUAACAAUGAUGCAGUCUUCACUGUUAAUAGAAAUUAAAUGAAAAUAUUAUUGGAAUAAUAUAUCUGCUCGGUUUCGAAGGAAAUUUUAGUUAUAGUUUUCCAAAUUUACAUCAGAAAAUACCUAAAAUCAAUGAUGACUGUUAUAUUCCAAUAUUGAAGGGAAAAAAUAUGGUAAUAAAAAAUACACUCAUCCACACUCAAAGACCCUGUAUAUUGCCAUAAACAAAUCAAUUUGGCAGUACAUUUUUAGUUUGAAAUUAGAAUUCAAAUAUGUAUAAAAAUGUGACUUUUUUUUAAAUUAAGAACAAAGACAGCUAUGGACAUUUGCUGUUAUAUUGGCUGAGUAUGAAACAAAAGAAUCUUUGAUAUGCUAAUUGAUAUAUGUUUAUGGAGAAAUACACAACUUUCAUAAAAAUUAGCUUUAUAAGAAGCUACAAUAACUGUGUGAAAAAAUUAACCAUUUUAUUAAAGUAUGCAAAUUUUGUUUGUUAGCAAAGUAAUAUGUAUAUGUUGGUUACACUUUAAAAGUGUAUCUAGGUUACAUGUAGUAGCUUUAAUUGUUUUUAUAUAAUGAGUAAUGAAUAAAAAUAUUGACAUCUAA